CGGGAAGUCUGGGGCCUCACACAUUUCAAUGUUUAUGCUCCGGAAAACGGUUUUGUUUACAAACAACAUUGAUGCAGUACUAAAGCUGAUAUGUCUAAGAUGUCGAGGAGAAAACAAUCGAAGCCUCAACACAUCUCAAAUGGCUCCGAUGAAGAAGAUUCUCCUAGUACUGCACCGAACUUGAAGGAUGAGCAUAAGGACCCCAACAGUGGUAAACCAGAUUCAAAGUCUGCUGACCCAGUCGUCAAGUUCGUCAGAGUAACACGAAAACAGGCCCAGCUCCUUAAAGCCAAAGAGGGGGAUGAUACUGUGACCGACCUUGAGGACCACAAGGUGAAGGCCACGAAGGAAACUAACAACAACGACAAGACUUUAAGUGAGACCGAAGCUGAAGAGAGUGAACAAGAAGACACCGCCACGGAACUCCCCGAACAAGAACCAUCAGCACUGACUCCCAAGACGACCAACCAUCAGCCAAUGACAACAGACCACCCAAGACUACGGGACCGGACCUGUGAAUACUGUGGCGCCGUCAAACCAACUCCCGCUGCUCUUGCCAGACAUCUACGGAAACACACGGGAGAAAGACCGUUUGUGUGCCAGGGGUGCAACAAAGCCUACAAGGCCAAACGAAGCCUCCAGCUCCACCAACUGACGUACCACCCCGAGCUGGUGAACAAGCCGCCGCCCCACCAGCCUGGCGCGGGGGUCUCCCUCUGCACGUCGUCUCUGUUGCGGGAAGCCCUAGAGAGCCGCAUCAAGCAAGACCUCACAAACUACUCAGGACCGCACCUGGAUGAGACAACAGGGGAGUUCAUCGAGGACGCCGACGGACAGGAAGUGAACCACGUCGCAGAGCCCCCUGAGAAAGACCGGGAGAAAGAACCUGUCUCCAUGAUCGGAGCACUGCUGUCCAAAACGGUCGACAUGCCCACGGUUCACAAGAUUGCGUAUGCAGCGGAGGGGCAGAAGUACGAUGAAGAAGAAAGCGCUGAGAAGCUGAGCAACCGAACCUGUAACAUCUGUGGGAAAGUGUGCUCCAAGCCAUGUGACCUCAAGCGGCACAUCCUCAUGCACACUGGGGAACGCCCAUACAAGUGUGAGGUGUGUGGAAAAUGCUUCAAGGCCAAAGCCAGUAUGCUCUAUCAUCAACGAGCAGCACACAACAUGGCUGUCGAGUUGAGCCAGGGACUGGAGGAACGGUAUUUACGACUGAAGAAUCGUGCUCUCAUGAAGUCGCUCCACGUACAAGACCAGAUUCUGGAGCGGGAGCGAGCGCUGCUGGCUGCUGGGAGUGGGGGUCAGGACGUGGAGGAGCUGGACGAUAUGGAGGAAAUAGAUUCAGAAUUGGCGGAAGUUAAUUCUAGUUCAUCCUGUAACACUGAUAAGUGGAUAAAAUACAACGAUGAUUUCACCCAGAAUAUUAACCGACAGAUUUCUAAUACAAGUGAAGGUUCAGUGAUAGAUGAGGACAGUUUGUUAAAUGACUCUUUAGAAAAUGGUCACGAGGGAACUAUUGUGGACGAUGGUGAAUUUACGUGUAGUAAGUUACGUAUACGCAACGAGACUGUAAUUGUAACCAGACUAGAUGGCGUUAACUCUGUGACAGGGAAGGAGGUCACCAUGUUUAAAUGCUAUAUAUGUGGGCGAAUGUUUAGCUCGCUGAGUCGCGUUCAGUGCCACCUGUCGAUGCACUUUGAGCUGGAGAUCACGACCUACCAGUGCAAGUACUGUGAUGCGACCUUUAAACACAAGUCACUCAUGGUGCAGCAUGUUCUCAAACACAAGAUUAAGGGGGAGAAUGUGGACGGGACUGACAAUGCUAUGUCGGAUGAAGAAGACUAUCACGUAAAGGAUGAACCUACUGAUACUCAGAAUGAAAAUUCGGGCAUUAGCCCAUCGUCAGAGUCUGACAAUACGAAAGUGAGAAGUGACGGAUCAGAAACCUCCCCAGAUUUAAACCAAAUGAAGCCAAACAGGUUUAAUGGUGUACAUGAAUGUAAAUUUUGUCGUAAAACAUUUUCCCGUCAGUUUCUGCUGCAACGACAUGAGCGAAUCCACACAGGGCAGAAAGCGUUCUACUGCAAGGAGUGUGGGAAGGGAUUCAGUGAGUCGGUGAAUCUGUCACAGCACAUGAGUCUCUUCCAUGCUGACUCCACCCUGAGUAAACAAGGGACCAGAGGUUUUAAUAGGGCCAAACAUCGAUCUUUGCUCAGAAUCGCCUACUGGGACAAGUUCCCGGGUCGGGCCCCUGAUCAGGAGGGGGAGGGGGACGACACAGAACCAGCCCCUCCAGCUACUCUACCAAAGCGUCCCGAAGAAGAACAGAACCAAAAGGACAUGGAACAAGCCAAAGAGAUGCUGGAGAAGGAUGGAAUCAAGGAAGAGGUAACCGUGGUGAUGCCGUCUGCUCCACCAACAAACACCAGCGAUCCACCACCCACUAACCAAACCACUGAGCCUCCAUCCGAGACCAAAGCUGAAGAGAAAGAUCCGGAAGAGAAUUCAAAUUCGGAGAUUAUGACGGCACCAAAGCGAUCACUCAUCUCAUUUUGCAAAGAUGGUCCACCAGUGAAAUCCAGAAGAAAGUCUGCUGCUCCAACAAAACUGGGGAACUUGAGUCCAGGCUCCAACACUGCUUCCACUGCAAAGAGUUCCUCUCCUGAUCUUGACUUGAAGAUCAAACAGGAGAUCUUGGAGGAGAGUGAAGGUGAAGCAUCAGUUCCUCCCCCUCCUCACUCGGUGUCCAGCGGCGACGAGAUGACUGUCGCCUACUCCACAGCCUCCAUGAUAGCUUCCAUGAACCCACUGCUUCUUGCCAACCAUGCGGCUGGGCCGUGUCUCCUCGGGGCAGGGCUCCUUCCCCGGCUCCCCUCUGCGUCUAAUCUCAGUGUUAGUGCUAUGAUGAACCUGCCAAUCUCUGUCCAGGUCCCCAAUGAGCCUCCCACCACCAAGAGCCCCUCCCCAACUCAAUCCUGCUCCUCCAACUCCCAAGCGUCACCAGCCGAUCCGGACAUGCUUGUCGGAUGUCCCAGGGUGCAGUGGAAUGCUUCGUCGGGGGCGGACUCGCCGCCUCUGUCAUACGGCAGGGAUUCUUCAGAUCGGAAACCUCUUCCCGACUGGCAUCCGUUGUCCAAGCUGGCGCUGAAUCAGAUCGUCACCCACGAUGGUCGUAAGGUCACUUCUCUGUCACGCACACAUUCCAGAAAAUUUUCUGCCAGGUUGCAUGUAGUCAACCAACCAGUUGAUAGGGAACAGGUUUGCAAACCCACCAUCCUGGCUGAUGGACGCACCGUCUACCGAUGUGUUUUCUGCUCCAAGGACUUCCUGUCAUUCUCCGAUAUCAACCGACACAUGGACUUCCACGAGGAUAUCCGGCCAUACAAGUGUCAGUACUGUGACUACUAUGCGCGAACCAACAGCCAGCUGAAAGUCCACAUGAUGCGACACCAGGGUAUCCGCGAGUUCUGCUGCAAGCUGUGCAACUACAAGGGUGUGACCCAGUCGGACCUGAACCGGCACAUGAAAUCUCAGAUACAUAUGCUCAAGUCUCGCAACGAGUGCCAGCGCUGUGGUGAAGGCUUCGUCACGCCCAAGAACCUGGAAAAGCAUCUAGAGGGCAACUGCCUGACCAAGGUCCACAAGUCCGAGAGUUUGGACAGCGGGGAAUAUAACGACUCUGUCUGAUCUGUCCCGCCGCCACCUACCAGGAGCUCCACAACUGCGUACAAUGUUUCCUCCUAGCAUUUCGUUGCAUCUUUUAGUACGUUUUACAAAGUUUAUUUCCAGAGUCUUUCAGUUCACAAGCCUCAUCUAUUUUCAUCGUGUUAGCAUCAAGAAAUCACAGUGAAUUUUUAACAGCAUGUGUCCUUUUAUGACAUACUUUUUCAUACAUUAUCAUCACGAGCAGAUAGGAGUUAUUGCCCUUUGUUUAGAAGUGAUUGUAUUGUGUGUAAUCAAGCCAAUUUUGGAUAACUUCCUCAUAGUAGCAAUCUCACAAUUAGCCAUCUCAAGUAGCUAAGAAUGGUAGUACUUGUUAUGUUAAGGUACAUAUGGAUUCAGCCGGAGAGUAAUAUUCACCUCACGAUUCAUCGUUCCACAUCAUAUCAGUACACCAUAUGGAGGAAGCAUUGUACUCGUUAGUUCCUGGGCUGAUGUUGUUUAUAAAUCGCAGUAUUGGUAGAGACGUUAGAUCUUUGUGAAUUACAGGCAGGUAGAAUUUAUCAUUUUUCUACAGCAAUAAUGUUAUCAAAUCAAAAUGAUGUAUAUUCUGUUAUAUUGCUGCAAUGUGUAUGAUAUGUUAUAUCGCUGCGAUGUAUAUAAUGGCCAGUUUCCUUGUUACAUUCACCCAUCAAUCAUUGUUAUCAAUAUCACAUGAGAGUUACCUCCCUUUAGUUACAUCUGCCUGUGUGUAUCUGAAGGGACAUUCUCCCUCAAGUGCUGUAAGUGCUGUACAUGUGAAGUGUUUCAGAGUUGUACAGAUGGUAGGCACUGUUAUUGCUUGAAUUGAGGUGUUGUAAACUACUGCCUCAAGCUGUUGUAAACUACUGCCUCAGGCUGUUGUAAACUACUGCCUCAGGGUGGUGCAAUGCAACUACAGGGAGGUAACUCUUGCAAGACUAUCAUGUUGAAAUGUGUAUAUCUGCUCCGUUGUUGAGAAGUUGUUUGUACAGAACCAGUUUGAGGAAAAUGAUUACAGACCAGAAAAUCCAAUUGUGUACUUGGACCUCAUUGAUAUUUUAUUAAAUAUUUUUAAAUUAUUUACACAAUUAAAUUUGUUUGGAAAAAACAUUAAGAUGAUUGAUACACCGUAUGAGAUGGUGCUCUAGCACAGUGGGUGGUGCGAUCUCUCAUCACCUAGGUCCUAGGUUCUACUCCCUACAAGUCGAUUCUCGUUAGGUAGUCUUUCCACCACUAGGAAACAACUGGAUUCUUUCUUUUGGUCCUACACAAGCUCUUAAUAUCAGAUUUUAUUACUCACAAGAAGUUAAAGAGCAUCCAAUUCUUUCAUCGUACUAUACAUAAUCUGUCACGGUUUAACCAGACACGAAAUAGUUGCAUAAGCAAAUCAGGCCCAAAAAAUGCUUACUGCUUACUUUUAAAAAUUGUGAACUAGGAUUUAUCCUAAAUCUUAAUUUAAUUUUAAAAUGUUAUUGUAAUGUCAUUCGUUUGAAAUGUUGAAUUUUUCUGAGUUAAUUGAAUUUUGAAGAAAACACUUGUGAUUUCCACUUAACGAGGGUCGACUGUCGGAACCGUCUUCCACUGUUUGAAAAGUCACUGGGUGUUUCCGUGAAUCCUUCAAACCAGUCUCUGACUCACCCAUCCUCCUUCCUGAACAUCACUGCAACAAGCAUGAGGCCAUGACUUGGGGGAAUUAUUCCUUCCACAAGACAAUCUUGAGGUUGUAUAUCUGAAUCCCCGUGGCCAUGACAUAAACAGGAGAGACAAUGUUGCCAGUGGGAGGGCUUGAGGGGGAGUCGGGAGAUCUCCAGGUACAACAUAGCCUUGGUCUGCUGAAGGUCAGGAGACGACGGUGUUUAGCAACACCAUCGUUUGUUACGUCAAAGAUGAUAUGUGAUGGUUACCGUGGCAACAGUUUAUGAUAAGAUAUAGUAUAGAUCAUUUGAAUGUGACACUGUUUGUAUUGAAGGUUGUUACCCAAAAUGUUAUCUUCAUUUUGAUUGGCUAGCAAAAUGUUAUCCUCAUUUUGAUUGGCUGGCAAAUGCAUGUUGUUAUUCUGUUGCCAUGGUGAAUGAUGAUAGAUGAAUGAAAAAGUAUUCUAGGUAUCGCAGUGACAUAUUGUUCAGUUGUGAAUCGAGAGAAAAUGAUUCCAUUAUUGAUGUUUGUUUACAGAGUAUAGUUUUAGAGUUGUUUUACCUUCAAUGAUUGUGAUAGAUCAUUUCAAAAGUUUUACUGGGGUGGCUCCUGUCAUGUCGGCCAAGUGGAUGUUGCCAUGGAUACGAAUCAUAGCAACCAUUGAGACAAAUGAAAGUAAUUAUGGAGACACCAUUGCAACCAAUGUUGACAGACAAAGCAUUUGUAUGUUAAAAAUAUAAGUGGUUAGGUUUCAUUUGUAUGUUAAAAAUAUAAGUGAUUAGGUUUGAAGUGUUGUGUUCUAGUCAGUCGCCUGUUUCUCAUUGUGACAUAAGUCAACUGUAGCAAAUAUGUUAGAGAAUCUUGCUUCUGAACAUUUGAUGCUUUUGGCAAAGGCUUGACUAGAUUGUUGGUAAAUUGGAAGAUAUCCUGUUUCAUGAAUCUAGAUGAAAUAUAGAGAUUUUUUGUGUCGAAAACCUUGCUGACGAUAGCUUUUGUGGUACAUGGACUGGCCGGACACCAUGGUAGGAGCCGCUGGGUUUUUACUGCCUGAUAUUUUUCCACAUUUUGUGAUAGCUGAUGACGAGUUUGGAAGCAUCAAGUGUCUGUGAAUAUGGAAUUUGAGUGUGACCCACACUGGGUGGCCCAGUGGAUGGGGUGUUUGCUCAUGUUGACAACCUUCGUUUGAUUCCCUGAAUACACCUUAUUAUGUCAGCAUUAAAGUAGAUAUUGGAUGAAUAUUUGAAACACAAGGUUGAUUUUCUCAAAUUAAUCACAGAUAUUGGGUUUGUGUUAAUUUGUCUUUUGUUUGCAUUAUUUGGAAAAGAAAACUGGUAACCUUUUCAAAUGGUAUAAUUUCUGAGGAUGGAAACACAAUUCCCACUCAGUAAUUGCCAAAGGGACAAACUAAUGAUAUUCGAGAACAGUUUUGCUGCUCAAUUAUUCACAGAGACUUGAUGACCUGAAGUGGACUUUCAUUUAACUGUGGAUUGUGGGGACUGUUGUGAUCGGAGGCUGACAUGGCGGGCUCCACUGUGGGCGUGGUGGACAUGUUGUAACAGCCUAGAGUUAUAGUGGAAAUCCAUGUUGAGUUGUACAGAAGUAUGUAAAUGAGAUUUAAUCCUGUUAUUGUUUAGAUAGAUCUAUGUUCCGUGUGGUGGGCAUAUGGAUGUACAUGAAUGUCAGUGACUGCUAUUACAUGUAUAUUUUGGAACAGCAGUUAUAUUGGAGACUAAGUUUUACAAGCCAGACUUGAUGUAAACCUGUUUUAGUACUUAUGUAGAGUUCUGUUUAACAGACUGAAGAUUCUUGAGCCUGUCCUCACGUUUACCCUGUCCUGCUCUCCUCUCUCCUGUGUUGUCAGUUGUCUCCCCUUCAUCUGUAGGUCUGUCUGUGUGUCCGUCCUGUUGUUAACAGGCACAAGUUAUCUCCCUUUCAUGAUGAAGUUGUUUGAACUGAAAAUUUCAGAUCUCUUUGGCAGGCUUACUUUUACUACGCCAUAAACAAAGUUGAUCAAGAGAAAAAGCAAGUGACAUGAAGAUGUCAGUUUUCAUGCUUUUUUUAAAUUUAAUAACUGCAAAUUGAUCUUUACAUUUUGGUAUGGGCACCAUUCAAAAGGGAAGUAGCAUUCUGCCUGUAUGUGUCUUGACUUUGACUGAUAAUUCUUCCUACUCACAACUUGUUGAAACGUAAUUGUAUAUAUUGAGAAUUUGUUAAGAAUUAUCUAGUUCGGGGAUAUUUAGUGAUGAUUUGUUGAUGUUUCUCAAAUUUUACUGUCUGUUAUGUGUACUGUAGAAUGUAUGACCAGGUCUUUUGCAAAGGUGACACAUCUAUUAAUUCACUGUUACCAUGGUUACAAGAGGUAGAAUUUUCAGCUGUCAGCUGUUGUGGAUACCUGUUUCUGUAGAGAGGUACUUAGUGUAUGUAGGUAGAUAGAACUGAUUGUGAAAACAAUGAAAUAAUCAAAUUCUGUAAUUCCUUGUUGGUGUAUAGGUUUAGAGGCGUUUCAGACAUUAACAAACCUAGAACUGAUGAUGCAUUUACAAAAUAGGACUCUUUAAGUCAUGUAGUCAACAAACUGUAUCUGUGUUGGUAAAUACGACCUCGCUCGCUGUUAUGAGCACUUGUAGGGCAAUCAUUGUGUGUCAGUCACAUUUAGAACUAUUUUCAGCAGAUUGUCCUGUUGUAUUCUGUAACACACAUGUGAUAUUGUGGAUGCAUGAUAGACUUGUUAUGCUGCAUUCACCCACCUUCCAUUUGGGGGCCAAGCUUGUGUAAGAGUAACUUUAUAUGGUUGUAUUUGAUGCUUUGUUUUGGCACAUAUAUAUUUCCUUUAGUUUAACCAGAUUGUAUUUGUCCGAAUGUAUGUAUGUAUGUAAGUCUGUGUCUUCUUUUCAUCCAAGGUGUGAGAGCAGUGUAGAUUUUGAAUUUUUAUUACAAUUUUAGCAUUUUUAUUAUUCAUAUACAUAGUGUACAUUGGGGCAGGGAAUCGGAACUGUGUAUUUGCGUAUAUCAAACUCAAUGAAGUAUUAUUGGGUCCCAAGAUGCUUCCUGAAAUUUCUAAUUCUAUUUUGAUUUCGUUUGUGUGUGAAUUAAUGUAUGCAGAAGUUGGCUAACAAGAUUUUCUUAGAUGCUCUGUUAAAAAUAUGACCUCUACUUUUGAUGGCACUGUUGACAGUGAAAUAGCGUGGUGGUCGUUUGUUACACCUAAGACCUAAGUUAGAUUUCCCAAUUAGGUGCUGUGCCAGUACUUCUUGUCCCCUGCAGAGACAUGGCUGGAAUAUUGCUAGAAUGGACAUUAAACCAUACUCAGCAUCUCCAGGGGGGAGGAAGAAGCAUUGCUGGCCCGUGUUCUGAGGCACCAUCUGCCUCCCCAUGACCCAGCUGUUCAGGGGUUCAAGGCCAGAGUUGCCCCCCUUUGGACCCAGCUGUUCAGGGGUUCAAGGCCAGAGUUGCCUCCCCUUUGGACCCAGCUGUUCAGGGGUUCAAGGCCAGAGUUGCCUCCCCUUGGACCCAGCUGUUCAGGGGUUCAAGGCCACGUUGCCCCCCUUUGGACCCAGCUGUUCAGGGGUUCAAGGCCAGAGUUGCCCCCCUUUGGACCCAGCUGUUCAGGGGUUCAGGGCCAGAGUUGCCCCCCUUUGGACCCAGCUGUUCAGGGGUUCAAGGCCAGAGUUGCCUCCCCUUGGACCCAGCUGUUCAGGGGUUCAAGGCCAGAGUUGCCUCCCCUUGGACCCAGCUGUUCAGGGGUUCAAGGCCAGAGUUGCCCCCCUUUGGACCCAGCUGUUCAGGGGUUCAGGGCCAGAGUUGCCCCCCUUUGGACCCAGCUGUUCAGGGGUUCAAGGCCAGAGUUGCCUCCCCUUGACCCAGCUGUUCAGGGGUUCAAGGUCAGAGUUGCCCCCCUUUGGACCAAGCUGUUCAGGGGUUCAAGGCCAGAGUUGCCUCCCCUUGGACCCAGCUGUUCAGGGGUUCAAGGCCAGAGUUGCCUCCCCUUGGACCCAGCUGUCCUGGGGUUCAAGGCCAGAGUUACCUCCCCUUGAACCAAGCUGUUCAGGGGUUCAAGGCCAGAGUUGCCUCCCCUUGGACCCAGCCUGGACCCAGCCUGGAACAAAGAUGUCAUACACACAAAACACAUCCAUUCUACUCACUGCUGCAGUGCUGAAUCGGCCUCUUGGCUGUGCAUGUCUUUAAGUCUAGCCAUGUCCCGGUAACAGUCAGUCUUGUCCCAGCUGUUCUCCUCAAUUAGGUCAAGUAACUAUGUAACACUAGUAACACUCCCUACAGCUGCUAUGCAUGCUUAUUAAUCAUCUGCUAGUGGUGGAAGUGGGGACGUGAUGGUGUGAGACUGUACUGCUAGUGGUAUGUGAUGGUGUGAGACUACUGCUAGUGGUUGAAGUGGUAUGUGAUGGUGUGAGACGACUGCUAGUGGUGGUAGUGGGGCGUGAUGGUGUGAGACUACUGCUAGUGGUGGAAGUGGGGCGUGAUGGUGUGAGACUACUGCUAGUGGUGGAAGUGGGAUGUGAUGGUGUGAGACUACUGCUAGUGGUGGAAGUGGGAUGUGAUGGUAGGGGACUGUCCUGCCCCCUGCGCCAUCAUCAAACACAGUAGACACAAACUACAGCUAUAUCCUACAUGUUUCAUUUGACUGCUUGUUGAUCAGGAGUUUGUUCCACAGUUAUUCCAUGUUUCAAUGCCAAGCUACUUUAAUUGACAAAAUUGACAUAUAAUGAAAUUUCUCUACCACUUUGUUAAACUAUAUAACACUGUUACCACUGACAAAUAUUAUUGGUUUGUAUAUUUUGCAAAUGUUCCAACAGUUAAUUGUUAUUGAGAACUAAUUAGUUAAAUCUUGCAUAUAUUAGUUGCCAUGGCUAUAUGAUGGAACACACUGAUGACCAGGAAGAUAGUAUCUUGUCAGCACCCACAACAGAGAAUAGUCUUAAGAUUACAAUAGGCAUUUUGUGUUGAUGGUCGACCGAGACAACGUGUACCUCGUUCUUACUUACGUAUUAUUAUUAUUAUUAUUAUUACAUUGUUUUAUAAUGACUACCUCUAUGUAAAGGCUCCAGCCGACUACGCUUUACAUACUAAUAUGGAAUAAAACAUUUCAUGGUUAA